AACGUUUGUUGAACGAGAUAGCUCCCAAGUCUUCCUCUUGAGAAUCUACGGCACAUAAAGAGAAACCCCUUUCGAAUUGAUGGGCUUUCAUAGUUUACCCUAUCAGGUGCAAACCACCGACAAGUUUCCACCCACCAACAACAGAGGAAAAAAGUCUGUGCCCAAAUCCAAACCUCAGAUUCUUCGCUGGCAGGCUGAACAACAUCUCCCGUGAAACAAGAACCGGCUGCUACAGCUUUGUUCACCUUUUCUUUUGACAAUUAUUUAAUAGAAAUCAAGUUUAUAGCCUACUUAACGUGGGAAUAUGUCAUUCUGUUAUGCUUGUUAGUUUUAAACUGUUUUACUUUUCUGUCUUCAAACAAAAGACUGGAGGAUUAAAAUGACCCACCCAAUAUGUACAUGCAGAUAUCCCCUGCAGGUACAUUUGGGAUUGGAGUUUCUCUGAUCUUUGGCGCAGCACGCUUGAAGGAGGGAAAAACAGCUCUCAUUGGAUUUAAAGGGUAACCCGCACGGCGCUCGUAACUAACUGCACUCUUCCCUCUGUGCUGUACAAACAGUGCCCGUUCGUUUGUUGCGGACAUCGCGAAUGUGGACUGAGAGGAUUCGGGGGAGCGAAACAAAAUCUUCAGUUUUUCUUCUGAAACACUUGAAAAAACUUGGAAGCGCCAAAUGUUGCAACCACUGGUACGGUUUUACUUCAUUCAUUUGCCAUUCCGCUGGGAUUUCAGAACUCCUCCAGGAUUCUCUGUUUAAGGACACCGGUGGAAUUUCCUUACACUCUUCUUCCCUGGGGUUUUAAAAACGCUGGAAACAGGUGUAUUUGAGCAACUCAAGAUGUCCAUUCUCCCUUCAAGAUUCAUUUACGUGUGUUUACAUUUCCUCGCCCUUUAUUUCCAGAUACAGGAGUCUCAGCAGAGCUCUGCAGAUUUCCGGUUCUACAUCGUGAACCACACGAGAAACCCAGAUGAGUUGAGUCGGAAGCAGAUCCGCAUCUACCAGCUGUACAGCCGCACCACCGGCAAACACGUGCAAAUCCUGGGGAAGAAGGUCAACGCCAACGGGGACGACGGGGGCAAGUAUGCUCUCCUGGUGGUUGAGACAGAAACCUUUGGAAGCCACAUCCGAAUAAGGGGAAAGGAGAGCGGCCACUACAUCUGCAUGAAUAAGAACGGCAAAGUCAUUGGCAAGCUCAAUGGUGGGAGCGAGGAGUGCGUCUUUGUGGAGGAGUUCUUGGAAAACAACUACACGGCUCUGGUAUCGGCCAAAUACAAAGGGUGGUACCUGGGCUUCAACAGGAAGGGGAGGCCCAAGAAAGGGUCACGGACAACGCAGACGCAACAGGAAGUGCACUUCAUGAAGCGCCACCCAAAGGGCAAAGUGGACCCACUGGAAGAGUUCCGUUUCACCACGGUGACCAAAAGGACACGCAGGGCCCGGCGCAUAAAGCCCAACCCCCAUGUCAACUGACUGCUGGGUUUCCAUGGAAACCUCAUCUCAAACGUUGAAGACAAUCAUUUAAACGAUACAGGAAAAGUUAUAUUUUUAUACUUGAGGAGUAUGAAACAUCCUCCACCACUGGAGGCUUCUGGGAUAUUGAUAUUGUUAUUAUUAUUAUUGUGUCUGCUAUUUAUACUGGAUAGAGCAAGGAAAAGACCUUACCAACAUGUUUAUGUUGCUACUUCAAGAAGUGAAUGAACUGAAUAUUUUCUUUCCUUUGACUGGAAAAGGGAGUUCCACUCGAUGGAAACCCCCCAUUUCAUAGGGAUACUCACAAGACGGAUCCCAUAAUAUGCACUGGGAUUGAAUGCCAUGGAUACCAGGAUGGGGCAAUACAACAGCAUGUUACGUUGACACUUUAGGUAACUGCUUAGCUUUUAAGUGCAAUAUUUUUUUUUAAACGUUUUUUUCUUUUUGUCAGAUAACUUCUGUGACAUAUUCUUUUUUGGCAGCCUAGCUACAAUCUGGUGGGUGGAAUGUGCUGAAUCCACUGUGGACUGCAUUAUUAUUAUUAUUAUUUUAUUGGCAUUUUUGUGCAACCUGUGAUUCAGCUUGACACAGCAUGCUUGGACUGGCCUGACGGCGGUGCAGACUGCGUUUCAUGUCAACAGAGCACUGGAGUUGAAGUGUAUGAAAAGCCUCAUUUGUUACUCCCAUUGCAGUGGUAGACUAUGAGAAGAACACAGGAUUACCUGCCCUCUUGUUUGCAGGUGCCUAAAAAGCUCUGUCAUUUGUAGCGGUUAUGAAUGAAAUCUCCCUUAAAAUUAUUUAUGAAAGCUAAAUAAUUUAUUGAAGCUGUUUAUUUCACCGAUCUGUUCUUAAUACAGACAUUGACACUCUGUGAUUAAGUUAUGAUUAUGUGAAGCAAAAUUUUGACUUGUCACUUUUCUAAAACUAAGAACUGUCCAUACAUGCAGGAGGUUCUGAGGUAAAAGAAAAAAGGCUUGCAUUGACAGUUUUUUUUUUCAUUUCAAAUCCACAAGAGUCAUUCACCACCAACAAUGUCACGGUAAUGCUGUUUGAAGGCUUUUGUUUGUGCCCCCAGAAAUAUGUCAAGAAAUCACAAAAUCCCAAAGAGAAAUGAAAUUAUUUAUGACUUCAUUAGUUCAAAUGUAAUCAAUUUGAAUGAAUCAAGUGCAUGCCCAGAAACCCUGCUCAUCUGUGGAGCCUUACAAUGUACAGAUUGCUUAAAUAGUUCCUGUUAGAACUGGCACAAAGCAGAAAAUGAGGGGUAACUGGAUUUGUGGGACACUUUGGACAUAUAGACAACCAUAUUUACAUGGUUUAUCCACAGUGCCAGUAGGUUUUACACGCUUUAUUUUAUUUUUUACUUUGUACGAGAUGCUACUAACAGCGUGACACAUUUAUGAUUUAAAAAUGUAUACAAACUAUUUUUAUGAUUAUGGUAAUAUAUUUAUUGCUUCUCUUUGUAAAUACAACCUGAUGAAUUUCUUAGGCCAUGUUAAUAAAAUGAGGACUAUAUUUAAUGAGGAAA